CCAGCCUUUUGAUACUUUACCCUCCAAAGCCAAAGAGACGUAGAAGAUUGGAGAAAGAUCAAAACGUCACAGCACUUUCACUGUUUUACCCUCAAAACCAUCUUUUUCUCAUCAUUAUACCAUCCUUACACACACACACACACACACACACACAUAUACAUUCCUUCAAGUAAAUCAAACAGCCAUUUCUUUCAUUUUCUCUGCCAAGAAAAAAAAAAAGUCACCGAAAUAUCUCUAUUCUGAUUCCCUGGAAAAUUUUCUGAGAAAAAAAUCGAACACCAGACGGUGGAAAUUGAACUCCGAAUUCGGAAAAAAGGAAAAGCCUCGAUUGGAGAUUUCAAUGGCGAGACCUAAUCAGGAAGCGAUUGAGACCUUCAUGAGCAUCACCGGCGCAUCCGAAGCCGUCGCCGUUCAAAAGCUCGAGGAGCAUGGUGAAGAUCUCAAUGCAGCUGUGAAUGCACAUUUUAGUGAAGGAGACAGACAUGCUUUAUCAGAUGUGCGUGAAACACAAGUAGCUGCUCAAAAUGAUUUUAUGGAUAUUGAUGAUUCCGUUCAAGAUGAACCUUGGGAAGGUCCUCUUCCACGUCUAUCUGCAGCUGGAAAUCUGAAUCCCUUUUCACUUCUUGAUCCAAACUUCAGUAGAAGCAUAUUUGAUAGGGGUACUGAUUUCGCAAACACUGAGCCCGUUGUCACUCAUCCAAGAGAGGUUAGGGAGAUCCCCAUAGAAGUGAAGGAUGGCAAUCAGCCUUCUGGCCAUCUAGGACAUGCUCCUCUCGUUGAGGACGUGACCGAUGUGGCUGAAACGGCACACACACAAGGCCCUGAUAUCCAUGGGACUAUAAUUGUUGAUGAUGAAGAUGAGGUUCCUACUGGGCCAACUGCUCAAGCAGGGCAAUGGAGUGAGCGAAGGGAUGAUGUUUCACAUGAUGGAUCUCGUGACCAAUCUAGUGGACCUAGUGCUCCUCGAUUUGAUAGCUUGCCAGAUUAUGGUAAUGACAUUGAAGAACAAAUGAUUCGAGCUGCCAUUGAGGCUUCUAAACGGGAGGUUGAAGAAGGCUUUCCAAAUCAGUCAUUUGGUGCAGAAAGUGACUUGAAUAAUCUGGGACCUGGGCAAAGACAACCUCAAUUGCAGGAUGACGAACUUGCACAUGCAGUUUCUUUGUCGCUGAAGACGGCAGAACAAGAAAAAGCAUUGCGUGAGCAGGAAAGGGGCUUAGGUGAAUCAUCAGGAGGAGCUCCUAAGCCCGUGGAGGUGGAGCUGGAUAAUUUAGCAGCAACAAAUGGAAGGUUGGAGGCUGGAAGGUCAUUGAUUCAAGAUGAGAUUGAAGAUUCGGACGAGCAGCCUCUUGUAAGGCAUAGAUCCAGACAGAUGUCUUCUGGCUCAGGCGAAUCUGCGAAAGAGGUUGGGGUUGUUGAGGCUAGUCCACCAUUGAGUCCUAGACAGCCUAAUAGCGGUACUAGUCCAGUGCGCAACGGAGAUGCCUUCCCUUCUGAGUGGGGAGGCCUCUCAUCAGAGGAGCAUGACGAAGCAGUAAUGCUUGAGGCUGCAAUGUUUGGUGGAAUACCUGAAGGAACUGGGUAUCACUUUCCAUAUGCACCUCAUCAAUUUAUGCAGUCUGAGCGUUCUUAUCCCCGGCCGAUACCCCGCCCACCUUCACCUUCGCUGACAGCUCAGCGUUUGAUACGUGAACAACAGGAUGAUGAAUAUCUUGCUUCACUGCAAGCUGACAGAGAAAAGGAAGAGAGAGCAAGGCAGGAGGCUGAAGCUCGACUUGAAGAGGAAAGAAGAAUGGAGGAAGAAUCUCGCAGAAAAUUGGAGGAGGAGAAGGAAUUGGAGAGACUAUUAGCUGCGAAGGAAGCUACUUUGCGUCAGGAACCAGCCUCAGAUGAUGAGAAUUCUGUAACCCUUUUGGUGCGAAUGCCAGAUGGAAGCCGCCGAGGCCGUCGAUUUCUCAAAUCUGACAAGCUGCAGUCUCUUUUUGACUUCAUAGACAUUGGUAGAGCAGUCAAACCUGGCUCUUACAGAUUGGUAAGGCCGUAUCCUAGGCGUGCUUUCGAGGAUGGGGAGAGUGCUUUGACGCUGAAUGAACUCGGCCUAACCAGCAAACAAGAGGCCUUAUAUUUGGAGUUGAUUUAAGAUACAACUCCGCAAUCGCAGAGAUAGUCCACAUACUCUGUUAAAACAUUUUCAAUUUAUUUAAGAUACAUAGUCUCACAUGAAAUAUUGGCUGUCAAUUGUCACCGUUUGGUUGAAAAUUGACGUUUGAGUCGAUGAGCAGGAUCAAACGCAAAAAGGGCAAAGCAGAAACAAUGCCUGUCAUUUCGGGUCAUGUACAUAUUUAUGGUGUUAAAAAGAUGAGAUACAUAAUCAAUUUCACACACAGGGCAUUACUGAAA